AUGGACAUGGAGAGUUACGAGGACUUCUGCCUGCGGAGCCUGGCCAGACUGCAGACUGAGAGCCAGGGAAAGAGCCAAGGCCAACAGACAGGCAGUGAGCCAACUGGUCCUGUGGAAGCUCUCUCCUUCAUCCACUUCCAUGGAAGGCCUGUGCUCUCACCCGUGCUGAGUGUGGAGCAGCGCAGCGAGAUGUCCCAGUACAGACAGAGGGCUGCCCAGCUUGAGGUGGACAGACAGGCACUACGCAGCAGCAGCCUGCUGACCAGGGUUCAGGACAUCCUGGACAAUGCUCAGGUGGACAGAGUACCAGAGAUGGAGGGUAAAAUGGAUCUACCAACUGCGCCAUAUUGCCUUUCCCCAAAACCUGAGACAGUGAAUGGCUACACCCUGGUCACAGACUCGCCUGGGCUACCCAGGGGCGCUGGUGUGGUUGGGCUACACAUUACGGAUCGGCCCACCACCCCUCAACCUGAGUCCCCCAUAGUCCUGAAUGGUUUCCAGAGCCUUCUGAGGAGGUCGAGGGAGUAUGUGGAGAGAGAGCAGGCCCAGAGGGGGUCAAAAGUCAUCGGCCGGGUCACUUCAACCACCCCACCUGCGGAGAGCCUCUCUGACAAGGAGAACGAGAGCCGCAGUCCUCUGGGAGAGAUGAAACCUGAACAGGGGUACAGCCUGCGCCACAGUCCCCUAAACCCACCUCAGACCCAGGCCCACAUCCAGCACCAGAGUCAGUAUCCUGCCCCAGCUCAAGCCCAGUACCAGGCUGUGUGUGACCCAUAUGACUCUCGGUUUAGCUGCCUCUCGUCUGGCCUCCCCGACCCUUACGCCCUCCUGCCCAGCCCUGAACCCAGCAUGAGUCCCCGCCCCCACCGCCGCCGACCACGUCCAGUGUCCACUGGUAACAUCAUGAUCUCCUUCCCCAUUGGUUCGGCCGACCUCAUCCCCAGAGGGCUAGUGGGGAGGCACCAGGAGAGCGCUGUUGUCAUGGCGACAGGGGUGAUGAGGUCACCGGAACGGGGGUCAGGCGUCAGUGACAGUAGCAGUAGUCGUCGUGGCAGCCAGUGUGGCACCAGCCCGGUCCAGGAGAAGAGCUGCAGCCCAGUCAGUACCUCCGGAACUGGUUCACAUGGGCAUCAUGAUGUCAUCAGCUCCGGGUUUCGCCGGCGCUGCCACACCCUAGACAGCCAGCUCCACUCCUCCCAUUCUGCCUCAGGACCUGGCAUGGACCGCAGCCAGGAGAGGCUCCCGCGCUUCAUGGGGGGAGUGCCUCGUUUGGCCCUGAGCCGUAGGAGCCCCGCGGUGCCCCUGAAUCAGUCCUAUGAGGUGGAGAACCCCUCGGCCACGCUGCUAAGGCCCCACGUGAGACCCUUGACCCCUGACCUCUCUCCUUGCCAGAUGAGUCUGGAGCCUGAGGGGCCUCAGGGGCCCCAUGAUGGACGGAUCACACCCAGCUCUUCCCUAGAGGAGCAGGACAGUAAGACAGAGGAGACCCAGCGACGUGUGAGUGCUCUGGAGGAGAUGCAGAGGCGUCUGGAGGAGGAGCAUGCCCUGCAGAUGUCUCUUCUCAUGGCUGAACAGGAGAGAGAACAACAGCGCCUCUGUCAGGAGCUGGAUGAGAAGGGGAAGAGGCUGAGAGAGCAGGGGUGUGGCCGGCUCCUGAGUGGGGACGGUGGUGGCCUCAGCCCUUCCUGCCCUGGCCUUAGCCCCACCCUGAGUGCUACUGAUAGGUCACCUAGACACAGUGUACACAGCAUGGGUUUCUCCUCUCCACUGAGCUCCAGUGCUCCCUCUCCCUCCAUGCAGCCUCCUGUCUACCUGUGGGGGCCCACCUGGGGGGCCAGCAAGCCCCGGGGAAGGCUCAGUCAGGUUGUGACAGUUGAACAGCAGAGGGCGCUGUGUCGUCUGGGAGCCAUCAGUUGUGGCUUCCUCACCCGCAGACUGCUCCAGACAGAGAAGGUGAAACAGCUGCGCCAGACCGUUCAGGACACACAAGAGUUCAUCCGCUCGUUCCAGACUGAAGCUCCACAGAAGAGAGGUUCCAUAUCAGCACAGGACCUGUCUCUGCAGGAGAGAGUCAGGGCACAGUUGCGUGCGGCUCGAUAUGACGUCCAUGACAUCUUCUUUGAGAUGCCCCUGGAGGAGAGGCUGGCUCUGCUGCAGCUGGACAGAGAGGUCCGCACAGAGAAGAAGCUGCGAGAAAUGGAGAAAGCCAGGAUUCCUAAUGACAGAGUGCUGUCUGCUGCCACACAGAGGUCACUGGACAGGAAGAAGAGGGUGGGUGAGUCUCCAGGACAAGCCAGGAAAGUACAGAAGAAGCCAAAGAGCCCUCCCACUAACAGGAUCCUGAAGCCAAGUCAGGGUCAGAACGCCUCAGUCCCAGGGGCUGAUGUGUCCCACCUAGGGGCUGAUGUAUCCCACCUAGGGGCUGAUGUGUCCCACCUAGGGGCUGAUGUGUCCCACCUAGGGGCUGAUGUGUCCCACCUAGGGGCUGAUGUGUCCCACCUAGGGGCUGAUGUAUCCUACCUAGGGGCUGAUGUGUCCCACCUAGGGGCUGAUGUGUCCCACCUAGGGGCUGAUGUGUCCCACCUAGGGGCUGAUGUGUCCCACCUAGGGGCUGAUGUGUCCCACCUAGGGGCUGAUGUGUCCCACCUAGGGGCUGAUGUAUCCCACCUAGGGGCUGAUGUGUCCCACCUAGGGGCUGAUGUAUCCCACCUAGGGGCUGAUGUGUCCCACCUAGGGGCUGAUGUGUCCCACCUAGGGGCUGAUGUAUCCUACCUAGGGGCUGAUGUGUCCCACCUAGGGCAAUCCUGGGUGGGAUACAGCAUACACUAA